AUGUGCAAGCACCACCAGUUCCUCAAAGAUAUCCCAAAGUGCGAGCAUCAUUUGCACAUCGAAGGCUCACUUUCCCCAUCCCUCCUGUUCCGUCUCGCAGAAACCAACAAAAUCACCCUCCCCACCGAUGACUUAUCUGUCGCCUCUAUAUCCGCUCUCGAAUCCAGAUAUGACCGUUUCGAAGACCUCAACGAUUUUCUACAUUACUACUACAUCGGCAUGUCUGUUCUAAUCACGGCCUCUGACUUUGAAUCCUUGGCUUAUGAGUACUUUUCACGUGCACAUCAAGACGGUGUUUACCACGCUGAGAUCUUUUUCGAUCCUCAAGCACAUACUAGCCGAGGGAUUCCUUAUGAUCUAGUCGUUUCAGGGAUCUCAGCCGCACAAAGGAGGGCAGAGGAAGACUACGGGCUCACUUCGAAACUUAUUUUGUGUUUUCUGAGACAUCUUUCAGCUAGUGAGGCAGAUGCUACAUACGAGAACGCCGUAGCACUUGGCCAUUUCUCCAGUGGAAUGGUAGCAGGAAUUGGACUUGACAGUAGCGAAGUCGGGUUUCCUCCAGAGAUAUUCCGGGAAGUCUUCCAUAAGGCAGAAGUUGCCGGUAUCCGGAGGACAGCUCAUGCAGGCGAGGAGGGCGACUCGACAUAUAUAUCUCGAGCAUUGGACAUCUGUAAAACCGAACGAAUCGACCAUGGUAUCCGGCUUGUGGAUGACGGAGAUUUGCUCAAACGGAUGGCUCAACAGAAGACUUUGGUUACUGUCUGCCCAUUAAGCAAUGUGCGUUUGAACUGCGUCAAGAAUAUUUCCGAGUUGCCGCUUAGGAGAUUUCUGGACGAGGGGGUGAGGUUUAGUAUCAAUAGUGAUGAUCCAGCCUACUUUGGGAGUUACAUCCUGGACAACUAUUGUGCUGUUCAGAAGGCAUUUAGGUUAACCUUGAAGGAUUGGAGGUAUAUUGCCGAGGGCGCUAUUGAAGGGAGCUGGUGUGAUGAGGAUAGAAAGAAUGUUCUACUGCGGAAGGUCGAGGAUUGGGCGAAGAAAUACGAGGGUAUUGAAUUAUAG